CGCUUGACCUGGGACUGCCAUUGGAUCAUGUUGGCCGCCGCGGCCUGCUUCCCGUCCUCCCACUCCUCGACAGCACUCGUCGGCGGCCGCCGGCCCUCGCUUCCACUCUCCGUCGCCAGUUUUCGCUGGGCGUCCAGCCGCCGUCCUCGCCUCUCAUGCUCCGUGUCCACGUCUUAUACCAAAUUCCAGAGGCCCUACACCACGGUGCUGAUUGUCCCUACGGGAGUUGGCGCAUCUAUCGGAGGCUUCUCCGGCGACGCCUUGCCGGUUGCGCGAACCCUCGCCACCGUUGCCGACUGCGUCAUCUCUCAUCCUAAUGUUCUGAAUGCUGCAAUGCUCUAUUGGCCGAUGCCAAAUGUGCUUUAUGUUGAGGGGUAUGCGCUUGAUAGGUUUGCCGAAGGGUUAUGGGCCUUACAACCAGUUCAUCAAAAUAAGAUAGGUUUGAUAUUCGAUGCUGGAAUGGAGGAGGAACUUCGAAUUCGCCAUUUGCAGGUUGCAGAUGCUGCUAGAGCUUCACUAGGCUUGCCUCUAAUGGAAUACAUAGUAACAGAUUCUCCUUUAGAGGUUGAAAAAUGGAUUGAUCCCUUCUGUGGGAAAUCAACAGGAAGGAUUCAGCAUCCUGAUUCACUGUUAAGAGCUGUUCAUACUCUUGUUAGCAAGUCACUAGUAAAUGCAGUUGCAGUAGUUGGACGUUUCCCAGAUGAUGAUGAAGGAACAGAGGAUUACCGACAAGGGAAGGGAGUAGAUACAUUGGCAGGAGUGGAAGCAAUUAUCAGUCAUCUUGUUGUGAAAGAAUUUCAGAUACCUUGUGCUCAUGCACCUGCAUUAUUGCCUGAUUCUCUAAGUUGUUCAGUGUCCCCAAGAUCUGCUGCUGAAGAGAUUGGUUAUACCUUCCUGCCAUGUGUGCUUGCUGGAUUAAGUGCUGCUCCCCAGUAUGUUUCAAGGGCAAACGGAUCACCCGGCGAUGGUUGCAUACUCGCUGGAGAUGUUGAUAGUGUAAUUCUUCCAGCAGAUGCCUGUGCAGGAGAUGCUGUUCUUGCGUUCGCAAAUUCGAAAAAUCCCAAGCCUCUGAUAAUCACAGUUCAGGAGAAUGAAACAGUGCUCGAUGAUACACCUGAUAAGUUUGGCAUCAAAGCAAUGAAAGUCCAUAACUAUUGGGAAGCUAUAGGUGUGGUUGCAGCUCACAAGGCAGGUAUAAAUCCAGAAGCCCUGCGAAGAGGAGGAAUCGAUAACAUCAAAUGCCAUUCGCCACCCUCUUCCCCUGUUACUUCUAGAGUACCUUCCUCCUCCAUACUUGUUGAUCGAGCUUGUUCAUCGUAGAAUCAAUUGCACCUCCAGAGUGGUAUGAGACUCUCCUUUUGUAAACCAACAAGCAUCAUUUAACCUACUUUUGACUAAUUCUUAUUGUAGUUUGGUCAUAUUUUUUUUAA